GGCUGCGCGCUGCGUCGCUCAGAGGGAAUGACGAUUUUUUGCUGCUAUAACCAGCUGAUGCUGAGGCUGUGAACACGGAGCCUCUGAAGAACUGUUGACGGUACAUUGACACCCUGUCAUUGGCUCGGUGCCUGCGGAUUCGGUCUCAUCUCCGUCCAGAGACUGAGUGAGUAGAAGAUUUGAUCGUGUCACGACGCACAGGCCCCGGGUUGCUCCCCUCCCUCCACUCCUGUCGCUCCACAUGAUGUUUCUUCGUCUUCCCACAUCAUCAUUUUCAUGGGCAUGAUGCUGUGUGCCUCACAGAUUCAGCCUUCUCACCUCACCCUGGCGAUACAUCACAUCUGCAGGUUCACUCGUGUGGACUUCUGGAUGGAAGUACAAGACGAACAUUAAGACAUGGAAUAAAGUGACGACUGACAAGACCUGAGUCAGAUCCGUAAAAAACAGAAACUGACAUUUAAAAGAUUCAAAAUAAGUCUGGAGAGUGAGGAGGAAGCGAGAAGCCAUCGUGGAAGAGGAGUGAAGAUGGGGUGUGGUCAGACUCUCACCGUGGUUCUCCUGGAGUCAUCAGUUCGCCGGUCAAAGCAGGAGUCGCCUCGCUAAACAACCCGAGCAGCUCGUUUCACCUGCUGGAGGAGACCCCACUCUUGGUGAUGUGAUGAAUAAGUUUGAAGUCCUUGGCAUUGUGGGAGAAGGAGCGUAUGGAGUGGUGCUUAAGUGCAGGCAUAAGGAAACCAAUGAGCUGGUGGCCAUUAAGAAGUUCAAAGACAGCGAAGAAAAUGAGGAGGUCAAGGAGACGACACUUCGGGAGCUGAAGAUGCUUCGGACGCUGAAGCAGGACAACAUCGUGGAGCUGAAGGAGGCUUUUCGAAGACGAGGGAAACUCUACCUCGUCUUUGAAUAUGUCGAGAGGAACAUGCUGGAGCUAUUAGAGGAACUGCCAAAUGGUGCGCCGCCUGAUAAAGUCCGGAGCUACAUCUACCAGCUCAUCAAAGCCAUCAACUGGUGUCACAAGAAUGAGAUCGUACACAGAGAUAUCAAGCCAGAAAACCUCCUCAUCAGCAAUGAGGAUGUUCUCAAACUCUGUGACUUUGGUUUUGCUCGUAACUUGUCUGAAGGAACAGAUGCCAACUACACUGAGUACGUGGCCACAAGGUGGUACCGCUCACCUGAGCUGCUGCUGGGGGCUCCCUAUGGGAAGGCGGUGGACAUGUGGUCGGUGGGGUGUAUCCUCGGGGAGCUGAGUGAUGGGCAGCCCUUGUUUCCAGGGGAAAGCGAGAUCGAUCAGCUCUUCACCAUUCAGAAGGUUUUGGGGCCACUGCCUGCAGAACAGAUGAAGCUCUUCUACAACAACCCUCGAUUUCAUGGCAUCAGGUUUCCCUCAGUUACUCAUCCUCAGACUUUGGAGAGACGAUACCAAGGCAUCCUAAGUGGCUUGAUGUUGGAUUUGAUGAAGAAUCUCUUGCUGCUAAACCCCACUGAGCGUUAUCUAACGGAUCAGAGUUUGAACCAUCCAGCCUUCCAGCCUCUGAGGCAGGCAGAGAGAGAGCGGCUUUCUCCUGCUUCUCCCAACCCCCCACGAUCCUCAAAGAGGAAAACACACCACCACGGAGAGAACACGGUUCCUACAAGGAGUCACACGAAGAGCUCAAGCCGUCGCUCAAACAGUAAAGAAUGUUCCAGCCUCCCUCGCCACGGCGACCUCCAUCACCUCGGCAAUGAGAGUUUCCUCAAUGGUAACAAACCAGCCCCGACCAGUUUGAGUCCGACGCUACAUCCUAAGGGCCAGUACUUGUCCCAGACCCUAAAUCGUUCUGCCUCAUCCAACAAAGACCUGGCAAACAACAAUCUGCCGCACCUUCUCAGUCCCAAGGAAUCCAAAAACAAGACAGAGUUUGACUUCAACUUGGGACCUUCCCCAAAGUUGUCGGACCAGGGACACGGUGCGAAGUACGGCCACGGCAAACAAAGCUCCUCUCGCUCUCAGCAGCAGCAGCAGCAGCAGCAGCAGGCCGGCCGGCACACUUUCCUCGAAGGCAAGACCAACACACUACAGUCUGGAGGAGAGAAACAACACAGCCGACACGCCCACAGCAUUGCGGACUCCGCCCACGGAUCCAUGUCGUCGUCCUCUAAAAGUUCGGCCUCUUAUCUCAGCCUGUCCAAGAGCCACAGUGCGCUGAGCGAUGCCAAAUCUGUUGGAAACCUCAGUGACGGUCGACUCCACCCUGAUGAUCCAAACGCCAACACGACAGGUGGGGUCGGACCCGGCGCUCGUUUCUUCCCCGCCAGCUGCUUAGACCUCAACGCCCCAUCAGGUCCCCCUGGUCCCCCAGGAAGCCCCUCUGCUCGACACAGCGACCGAUCUGGACACAGUCCGGCCUCUCGUAGCAGCGGCACCGCCCGCAUGGAGAGCAGCACCCUGGACUCCUCAUCCAGACACAAAUCCAGACAUAAAUCUUUAGCGCCAGACGCUGGUGCUCCGGAGCUCCUAGACCCAGGAGGAGUUGGGAUGCCCUCCACUCACACUCUGCCUUCCCCACACGAGUCUUAUCACUAUGGCCUGGGCUACACCUCCCCCUUCUCGUCCCAGCAACGGCCCCAGCGGCACUCCAUGUACGUGAGAAGGGAGCGCCACCGACCGCACGGGGUGGAGGGCGGCAUGGCGGGUUUGCCUGCUCCUGGUCAGGCGAUACCGACCCGAGCCAGUAGCCUGCAGCUCCUCUCCCCUCAGCUGCAGCACCGGACCACCCUCACCGGACACUCAGUGAGCUCUUCGAGAGAGGACUGCACCGAUGACAUGACCAGGAGUGAGCAGUCCCCUAAAGACAUGAGCCACCCUUGUGCCUCCAUCAAAGACUCUACGAGGGACAACACUGCUGCUUUUCAUACACAGCGCUCUAAAAACGAGGUUGGCAUGUAUCACGACCCUCAUGUCGAGGAUGGAGGUUCAUCCAAGGAGAACCGGAUGAUCUUCACCGAGUCGAUGCCUCGGAGAGUCGGCAGCUUCUACCGAGUCCCUUCCUUCCCCAGACCAGAUAAUUCCACUUCUUUCCAUGAUGGUGUCGGUCAGGGUCGAGGGCCGGUUGGACCCGUUGGACCCGUUGGACCCGGAGACCCCGUUGCUAUGCCCAACCACUCCAAACGCCAGACAGCUUUUGACUGGACCGCUGCAGAAGCGAUGGUCAUGAAUCCUCCAGAGCCCGCCAAAGAGAAGGAAAAACAGGGCUUCUUCAGAUCCAUCAAGAAGAAAAAGAAGAAGACACAAAUAACGGACAUGGAGGACGGGAGGAACCCCAGCAUCAAGAAAAGCCUUUUCCCCCUCUUUAGCUCUAAGAAUAGCUUAAAGCACAACUCAGCUGUCAAAGUCCUACCCGUAGUCGCCUCGCCUAUGGUUCCUGGUAACGGACAAGAACACCUGUCGCUGCAGAGGAGCUCCAAGUCGUCCUCUCACCAUGGCAGCCGGCGGAAAAACCGCGAGCGAUCCCGAGACAGAGACCGAGACCGAGAACAGAGCCGGGACCGAGACCGAGACAGGGAGAGAGAGAGAGAACGAGAGCGAGAGAGAGAGAGAGAAAGGGAGAGAGAGAGGGAGAGAGGGAGGGAGAGAGAGAGAGUCAAUGACUGGCCACCAGACAAACCAGUGGACUCACACUCUCAGAGUCAACCACUCAAGUCGCUCCGUAGGCUCCUUCACCUCUCCCCUUCAUCUUCAAAUCAAGGACAGCCUCCUCCUCCUCCUCCUCCUCCUCCCGACCUGCGCUUCCAACAACCUCUACCCAACCCUCCUCAGCCCUCCUCCAAAGCCGGCUACCCCGAGGGUCGAGGCCACGCUGACAGCAGGGGGCACUCCGGGGUGAGCAGCUCCACCCAGGCCAAGAGCCGUAAACCCAGCUACCCAUUACCCGGACAGAUCGAGUCCAGCUGGCACGUCUCUGCUUUACAGCGGGCAGAGGGCGCCCAGUUCACCGCCGAACAGCUGGGCAUCAAACCGGGUCAGAACGGACCAACUUUUACCCGAGCCUCCCGCACCAGGAUGCCAAACCUCAACGACCUGAAGGAGACUGCUCUGUAAAACCAAACCACACCACCUCCGACAGACGGACAUCAUGUUACUGUAGUAUAAGUUUACACAAGAGCCUCUUUCACUGGAUCAAGUCCUCAUUCAGAAACACAGUCAUCUGUUGAUGCUCAUGUCUCUGAAACCUGCUAGACGUUAACAGGCCAAAACACCAGUAACAGUGUCGCUUAGAGAAGCAAAGGGGCCCACUCCCUCUAGGGAUGCCAGUACUGAAUCAGUUGUGCGUUAUUCUCUCUCUCUGCUCACAAGGUUACAUCAGAAUAAGCUGAUCUUUCCUGUCAAGGAGACACUGCCUGUGUGGCCUCUUUGCUGCCAUCUUCUGCUCACAGGAAGCUACUGCAACACAUCAGACGGCCGCUGGCACACCGGUGGCCAAUAAACUCAAAUGUUUUUCAAGCUCUGAUAUUUGAUAAGAACAAAAAGAAAAAAAGAAGAUUUCUAUCAACAUUAUUUAUUAAAUAUUUAUUUGUUUUAAAUUCAAGGAUAUAAGCUAUAAAUGACACAGUAUGUAGGCUAUAUGGGAAUAUUAUAAGGUAAUAUAGAAUUAAAUGUGUAAUUGCAAGAGCUUUAGUUUCGACACAAAGAAAUGCAUAGAUAUUUAUGUGUUGAUAAUACAAUAUGUCACAUGGAAUAUUUAAUAAUGGUGAAUGUCCUUUUUGGUUCAAUUUGAUAUGUUAUUAACAGAUUUUCACGUUAUUUCAUGUUAUUUUUACCCCUUUUUCAGUUUGUUUCAUUAAAAUGUAAAAAAACAACAACAAUGUACUGAUGAAUACAUGAAAAAUCUCUGACGUUGCAUCUAGUACGAAUCUGAUCACUAUCCUCAUGACAUCAGUUUUGAAGUUUUGUGACAAGUUGGGCUAUUUGUCAUCAGGGUUUUGGUAGCAGAACAGCCAGAGUGAGACUGUUAGGCUCUGUGCUUCACAUGCAGUAAUUGUCAGCUCACUUUAUGUCCCACUGCUGGUGUCACCUUUUAAAAAAAUAAGCCCCAUUUUCAGUGUCUUUUAUCAGUGACAACAGCUUUCCAGCUCCAUGCUGCCAUGUUGGUUUUGUCUACAGCCUUAACAGCAAGUACCGGGCAUGUUUGCCCUCGUCACCAUGUAACCCUGGUGAGAUGUCAGUGUCUUAAACUGAGGUGGAACUAACACGAGACAGAACAUUUUAGGUGUUUUGAGAUCGCAGGAGAGCGCUCUGCAAAAAGGCAUACCUCACCUACAACCUUUAAGAUCUUAAAGGAUAAGUCUGGUUAUUUUAGUUAUUUUUUAAUUGUCAGUAAUCCUAAAAUAUCGUCCGUGAAGGGAAAACCUGGAUAGAACUCAAUUCUUGUCCAUAAUAAACAUCGAUAAGUUCAUUUUAUGGCAGUUUAGGGAAUUAUUUAGAUUUAAUAUCAGUGUUGUGGCCAAUUUUUUUGAAUUUACGUCUUCACUAGGGGCCAGUAGUCUUGAUUGUGUAGGAAGCACUCAAGCAAACAAACACAACAACCUGGCAAUACUCCACUUCAUGCAAAAGUCCCACAAUCAAAAUCCAACUCGCAUAAAACAGAUAAACACAAAUAUCAUUAGUUAAUUGUACUUGAAGUAUCAAACAUUUGGUAGUUCGGAUGCGAUGAUGUGUGUGUUGCAUUUCAUUGUUGCAGCUGAUCGAGGUGGAGCUAGUUCCCUCCAAAGCGUCACAAGGCCAAAUAUAUUUUCAAUCAUAAAUUUAAGGUGUCAGAAAAUCAUUAAUGGUAUAGAAAAUAAGGGGAAACCAAGUUCAGCUGUAAAAAUGUGUUUCUGUUUGUGGGAUUUUCUCUAAUUUAUUUAAUUCUGGGUUAUAUCUGGUCCUCAAAGUGGUAUUUAAAUAAAACAAUCUGAGAUGUUUAAUGGAAUAGAUGGGCAUCUAAGCUGUGACAACGUGCCCCAAACUGCUUUUUUAAGGAGUCACACCUAAAAAAAAUGUAUAAAGCAACAUACAUGGACACACUCACACACACACAGUGCAGUUAUCUUAAAAUUGUAUGUACAGUAGUUGAGUAAAUGUACUUAGUUACAUUCUGCCAUUUGUUGGUUUUGGGCUUUUCAUCAGACUUCACUGACAAUAUGAAUUACAUGAAAUAACACCAGACUUAUCCUAUGAUAUGUGUGUUUACAUUUCCUGUGUGCAUUUUAAAAGCUUGUGUCAUCCGAGUUUUUGUAAAUGCCUUUUGUAAAUCUGAAUUUAAUUUUCCUAUUUGCAUUCUUUUUAGCAUCAACAGCCAUGAUCAGGGAUGAUUUUACUUGAUUGUUCAUAAAAGCAUUUACUUGUUGUCUUCUGACCUGUGGAUGAUUUAAAAAAAAACAACUGAAUUGUGUAGAACAAAACACUAUUUGUGGCCUAGACAAAGUAUACAGCGUAGUUCUUCUUCCAACAUCACCUUUAUCCUUCAUUCUUUUCUCCUUUGUGGUUUAAAAGCAUAAAGCAAAAAAAAUUAAAGAAACGCUUUUCCAUCACAGGAAGAGGGAACAAAGGAGAAAAAGUCAAACAUCUGUAGAGGAAAAGAAGAAUUUGGUUUGGGGAGUUUUGUGUUUUUCCAUUUCUGUGGAAAGGAUUUAAACAAAGGAAGAAAAAAACAGAACUAAUUGAUUACAUGGCUGAUUGAGAGCAAUAACAUUUGGAAACUCUGAGUGAUGCAGAUUGUACGAGUCAAAUCAGCGACCGGUUAAAUUGGAGCCAAAUAUAGCACAGGAAAGGAUUUCCAGCAGGAGACUGUGUUAAAAGUGGGACAAGUGUCCACAUAUAGUAUCAACAAGUCAUUGCAAUAUAGUUUUUAUUUUCAAUUUGUGACCCGCAACUGGUAAAGCCGCCCCAUGUUGUGUAUUAUAGAAAACUGACUGAUUGUACCUGACUGCUGAUGUUUGUAUCGUUAAUGGGAUAGAGUGAUGCUUGCCUUGCCAGUGACCCGAAGCCUUACAUUAGCUCAACAUCUCAGACGGAAAACGGAGGCUUCAACCCCCCCAGCAAGUCACCCAGAACCGAGACGAGAAGAAGACCUUUUUUUGUUCACGAAUAUGAAUGUGUUUCCUAAAACAUUGUUUCUUUUUUUUUUCAUUAAGCUGUUUUCCCACUUCUGACAGGGUGUAAAUAGAAAUAAUAGAGUGUAUCUAUACUGACCGUUCUACUUUAAAAAUGAUAGGGUCUCAUAAUAAAUGCCAACUGUACAUUUUUGAA